AUGUCUAUCUUAUCUUCAAUUUCAUCUAUGGGUAAUGUAAAGUCAUCAUCAUUCUCAAAGUCUGCUUUGAUGUCAACUGGUUCCAUGUCUUCUCAAUCAUCCAAUGGUGUUGCUUGCAAUAGUUGUCCAACUCACUAUUUGAACCAAACUGUUGGUGGCGCUGUCCUUGUUGUUGGUGGUGUUGUUGGUAUCGUAGGUGGUGUACUUGGUGGAGUUCUUGGUGGUCUUCCAUGUAUUCUCUAA